AUAAUGUUGAUGAAAGAAGACAUUCCAAGUAUGAUGAUUGAUAGCUUCCAUCAAGUUGUUAACACCCUUGGUAUUGGCGGAGCAGGAGAGGUGUAUUCAAUCAGAAACGUUAAAGACAAUACUAUGUUUGCUGCAAAAUUUGCAAGAAAAGAUUUAAAGGUGACAAAAGCUAAAAAGCUACUGUUGUUGCAAAGAGAAAGAGACACUAUGGAAGAGUUGAAUGGUCACCCUAACAUCUUGUCAAGUUUCCAACUUCUCAAAAGAAGAAAGGCUCACUCUCAAAAGAAUGAGUUUGAAGCAUGUAAACGGCAUUUCGGUGUCCAUUUAACAACCGCCCCAUAUCAUAUGAUAGAAUAUUGUGAGAAUGGAAGCUUUAUCAGUUAUCUGAGAAAUCAGGAUUCUUUGCCUGAAAAUAUAACUUGAUAUUACGCUGAUCAGCUUAUCAGCGCAAUUCACUUUAUUCACAAUAAAGGAUAUGCUCACCUAGAUAUCAAACUGGAUAAUAUCUUACUCGACAAUUACUUUAAUAUCCGUCUAUCCGAUUUUGGUUCGGCCUUAAAAAUAAAUGAUCAGCCAUUCACUUCCAUCCGCAGAGGAACUACAAAAUAUAUGGCACCUGAAGUACGGUAUCUUCAGGAAGAAGAAACCUUUGAUGCAUACAAGGCAGACAUGUAUUCACUUGGUAUUUGUCUCUUUCUGAUGCUUUUCAAAAGGUUCCCCGUCUAUGUUGAGGAUAUAGAGUACCCUGAAACAGUCAACCUUUUCAAUGAAAAUGAGACACUCGAAGCAUGCCCCUUCGACUGUGACAUUGAUAUUUGGAAAGGUCUGUCUAUUCCGACUAAGAGGAUUCUUUUAUCCCUUCUUAAUGAGGAUCCGAGCGAAAGACCCUAUAUUAACCAGUUCAUUGAGUUUUUCAGGCUUCCAAUAUUGGAUGAAUCAAUCACUGAAGUUAUCUUCGAUGAGAUGCAAGCCAGAAGGACAAAAUACGAGGAAGAUUCUUACGAGAAGAAGUUUAUUCAGCCUGCUGCUUGCUCAAAGAAUUUAAUAACACAUAAAAAUUGAAAUAAGGCUAAGGAAGUUAAGACACCGUCCAACAAAUCUGGAUCGAGCACUAAUGUUACCAACUAAAAGCUCAUGUCCCGGCAUCCAUAGAACCUCAGGUUUUAAGUGUUCAGUAUAGCCAGUGCUAACAAUCUCACUGGCUUGUCAAGCACAUGUAAGUAUAGAGGCUUCACUCUUAACUUAUCAAUUGAUAAUACUAAAGUGAAUCCACCUCUAUUACUGAUUUAUUUCUUAUUAUUUCACCUG